UUUUUGAGUGAAGAUUUCUUUCCAGCCACCAUGCAUUGUGGUUUCUCUUUCUCCUUUUUUGCAUGCACAUGCUUGGUUGGUUGCUUCUUGGGUGCACCUGCUAGAAUGACAAGCAGGGCAGGUGUGCUGGUGCAAAUCUUAACCUUUUGUUCUCCAUACAUAAAUCACUGCUCACCUCUGUGGUCAACUUGUGUGGGGUCUUGGAGUGAAAAUAUAUUGGAUUAUUUCCUGAAUGCCAAACAAAUUAAAACAAGAGAUGGAGCUGAAAUCAUCUGGUACCAUAGAGCAAAUAAUAAGUUACAAAUGACAGAGGCGAUACAGAGUCCAGCUCACAUGAUAGAGGCUGAUGUCCUUCUCUGUGAAGAAGAGGGAAGUGGUGAGCCCAUCAUGGCUCAUCCACCUGAAACCAGUAGUGAUAACACAUUAAAGGAAUGGCUGAAUGAAAUUAAAAACACUAGCAAGGGCAUCAAGCUUGAUUUUAAAAGCCUAGCAGCUGUUAAUCCAUCAAUGAAGCUUCUUGGAGACAUAAAACUCAGGCAACCGGUUUGGAUUAAUGCAGACAUUCUUCCUGGACCAAAUGGAAGUAAUUGUGUAGUAGAUGCAAAGGCAUUUCUAGAUACUGUGAUAUCAUUCUUUCUAGAUGUAACUUUGUCAUUAGGAUGGACAACUGGAUGGAUUAAUCUAAAAUGCAAUAAAGGCUAUAGUUUAGCAAUGGUGCAAGAGAUGGCCAAGAUAUGUAGAGAUCUUACUCAGCCAAUAACAUUUCCUGUUCGAGCUGCUUUGGUUCGUCAGUCAAUACCUGAACUACUGUGGUUAUUACAGCAGUCUAACAGAUACACUCUGACAAUUUGGACAGGAAAACAUGAUGACUAUUCCGUAGAAGAUCUGCUCUUCAUCAGAGAUAGCUUUGAUAAAAGUAGUGUUUUUUAUGAUAUCUUAGAACCACAAAAGUCUGAAUUUAGAAAGGCCAUAGGAAUGCAAAUUGUGACAUAAAGAGAACAGUCUGUGAUCAGAGUUCAUGUUUAUGGAACGGGGCUUUUCCAUAUUCUGCUUCUCUAUGCAGUGCUCCUUGUUCACCCAAUCUGCUUCUAGGGGUUGGGAAUUCUUGGGAUGGUAUGGGAGUUGAGAGAGUUACACCUGGACAUUAAAUAGAACUUUUACUAUGGCUUUCCGGAAGUAGUUGUACUCUAACUCCCAUAUUCCCUGACCACUGGUUAUGCUUGCUGCACUGAUGGGAACUGGGAAUCAAACAAAAUAUUUGGAGGACUACAAGCUCCCCAUCUCUGACCUAAUCUAUGCAAAAAAGUUACUGUUCUGAAUCCCAUGGACACACAAAGUGUAAUAUACUGGAAAUUUAAUUAUAACUCUCAUUGCAUAUAUAUAAUCCAUUGCCUAAAGUGGAGUGCUGUAAUAUACCCAUGUUGGCCUCAGCUAUGGAAACACACCUGAAGGUCUUACAGCCAACACUUUUUGAUUCUGCAAUACUCAUCUAGUACACUGAAAAGAGUGAUGGAGCAGGUAGAACUACUAUAGUGCAAGCCUAUUUCAUCAGAUUAAUGAAAUUAACUGAUGAAUAAAACUCUUACUCAGCCCAUAAAAGCCCCUCUAAAGCACAUAAGGUAGUCUAUUUGUCAUUCAGUUUAUCAAGCACAUGUGGGAAAUUAUUGCCUGGUCUCCCUCGCUCCCGAAAGAUACAUUUUUCUUCCUAACUUUGCUGUUGGCUGCUGUCAGUGAAGGGGACAGUUACAGCAUUGACUAACAUUUAAGAAAGUGGAUCUAUUCAGUUAAACAGAAGUGAUUCCUACCUCUCAAAAAUAAUUCAGACAUCCAGGAUUUUAGUGUAGCUGUGAUCGGGCAGUAGCAUUUCUUACUUCUAAAAGCAAAAGAUAUUUUUUUGACCUGAGUGUGGAAACAUUUUAAAAAUCACCCUGCCAAUGUCAAUGCAAGUAUAUCUGCAUUUGAAUCAAGUUGGCAUACUUAAUCUUUUACAUACCAGGCUGCAACAUUUCAUAAACAUCAUACUAUACUUAGCAUUAUAAUGAAACUAUAACAAGUAUUUUUAUUCAUUCUAUUAUUUAUUUCAGAGUUUUUGUAUCCAGCUCUUCCGACUGGAGCAAAGGGUGGUUUACAACACAACAUACAGUAUAAACAGUACUAUAAUCUAAAAACAAGAUAAAAUCAUACAUCCAUUAUAAAAACAGCAGCACUUAGCCUCAACUCCAACUAGCAGCAACAUCAUCUGGUUUUAGUUUGAUUCUGCUUCAAAUUAAUGUUUCAUUGAAAGCAACUGCCACUUCAGUACAUAAUUCUCAAACAUGUAUUCCCUUUUUUUUAGUCUUCAACGGUCAGGUCCCAUGCUUUUUAAACUUUUACAGAAGGCAAAUUCACACCCAUCCACUUAAAAUGUCAUUUUUUUCCUUACCCAGAUGUUAAGCUUAUUGUAUUUUCUUCAUUAUCCACCUAUUUGUAAUCACAGAGCCUUUGGUUACAGUUUGAGUAGAUUUAUUUCUGUACUUUCCAUAAACCUACUUUAUGUUAUCUCAUAGAGCUCCCAUACAAAGCUGGGCUGUUGUGCUUGGAAAUUGAAGAAUGUUAUCCUUAUGGGUGCAUGUUAUUUGCUUUAUAUUACCAGCAUUUGUGUGCACUAGAAAAUACAUAAAUGAAACUGUUAUCAUUCUAAAACGAUUUGAUGUUGCAGAGAUCUCUUUCCUCAGACUCAAUAAAACUGUUUUUGAAAUUA